UGCUUACAACUGUCCUUUUGAAGCGAACUUCCAGUGGAACUCCCGCAUUUUUCCGACAGGAACAACUAUAGUUGUGUAGGUUACGUUUCGUUAUCCAUGUCGGUCACACCGGUAGCCGUUAAAUUCCAAGCUGGCAUCUUUUAAUCAUCUUUUGCCAUUGACACUCGCCACAUGUAAGCAGCUGCGCACACCGCAAUCCGAGGCAGGUCUCCGCUGGAUGUCAGUGCUGGGGGCGGUGCACGAGGAGGCGAGUUUGAGGGAAAACCCUGGUCACACAGGAAGAGAGAAAUCAGUCAUUUCUGCGAGCGCCGCUGACAAGACCGCUGCAGGAGAUAGGAGGAGUAUCUAUAUAUAGCCAACAACAGUGGGCAGCGGAGCUUCUCUUCGUGUCGCUCCGUGUAGUUAAGAAGCCAAGGCAUUUUUUUUCUCUCACCCGGGAGACUUGCAAUUUUCGGAACAAAAAAAAAACCAUGUUGGACAGUGGUGGCAAGGUGCUUAAAGAGGGACUGCUGGAGAAACGGAGCGACGGCUUGCUGCAGCUGUGGAAGAAGAAGCAUUGUGUACUCACGGACGAGGGUCUCAUUCUCCUCCAUCCGAAACAGCACGACAACCAGCAUCAGCAGCAUCCGACAAAGGACCACGGUUGCAAAAUCAAAGAGCUGCGCUUCUCCAGCAUGAAGACCGUGGACUGCGUCGAGAGGAAGGGCAAGUACGUCUACUUCACCGUGGUCAUGUCGGAGGGCAAGGAGAUCGAUUUCAGGUGCCCGCAGGACGAGGUUUGGAACGCCGAGAUAACUUUGCAAAUGGUGCAGUACAAAAACAGGCAGGCUAUUCUCGCGGUAAAGUCCACCCGACAGAAACAGCAACUACUCGUCGUGCAGCUUCCAGGACACAAGACCAUCAAGAACUCCCAGAACGCCGCGUGAGGCGGAGCGUGACGAGCCACAUCUGCGGUUACUGGAACACUCCGCAGACAGGAUCAGUGGUCUGGGCAUUUCUGAUCGCCUUCGCCGAGGAAAAACAAGACUUGUCAAGUCACAGUAAAUGCUUCAUGAGCUUGCCCGAGAAUGCUAACCUUAUUUUGCCGCGGACUUUACCAUGAACAAAAAAAAAAAAAAAAAAAAAAAACUGAUGGAGGCGUUCACAGAACGGAAGAAAUUGCUGUGCAUUCUUGCCUGUUAACUACUUUCUGGUAUUUUAUUUAUUUAUUUAGUUUUGUAUACGUUUUAUUAUGUUUGAGUGUGUGGAUGUGCAGAUUUUUGCUGUUAUGUCCUACAAACUGUGGCUUUAUAUAUAUAUAUAUAUAUAUAUAUAUAUAUAUAUAUAUAUAUAUAUAUAUAUAAUGUGGACCUAUUCUUGGCAUAACAGCAGAUAGCAGGUCACUGAAAGGGUAUUGUGUGACUCGUUUGUGUUUCGUGACCCAUUAAUGUGCAUUAUCUUGAUCCAGUAUCAUGUCUUGACGCAGAUCAUGUACUCAACAUGAAAUUACAAGCUUUCCCUCCAGUGCAUUGAACCAAAGACCAAAAGCAGCUCACUGUUCAUCACUUUAAAAAAAACUGGUUAUCAGGAAAAUUGUUUCAGGCCUAUUUUCACCGGGACUUGAUGAAAAGUUACGCCAAAAACCUGAUAGUAUGUUAAAAAUGUGUAUUAUAUUAGCUGUUGCGUGUAUCUGGCUUGUUCGUGCCAAAUGUGAUGGGCCGUACAUGUAUUGAUGCCACCGGUUCAGAUUCACAGCGUGCACAACGUCGGUGAACUGCAGCUGCUAUGGUUUAUGCACUGCGCCAGGUGCACCGCGUUAGAAUGGUCAUUUAAUUCACGGAGUAAUCAUCAUGUGGUGUACAGCAUGAGUUCGGUUAUUUUAAUGUGAGAGCUAUUUUCAUACUUUUAAAAAUAUACAUUCCAUUUCAAA